AUGUUAGCUUUGAUAUGGCUUUGUGGUGUUGGGUGUUUUGGUUUUUGGGAGGAAGAGAGGGUUGCUCUCUUGCAACUCAAAGCUUCCAUAAACUACCCAAAUGGACCUUCUUUGCCAUCUUGGGAGGAUAGAGUGGAAGUUUAUAACAGUAUGGAGAGCGACUAUUGUUAUUGGGAAGGAGUUGAAUGCAACGAGACCACAUCUCAUAGCUCUGAAAUCUUGACUUAUCUGAUAACCAGCUUGUUGGUUGGGUCGCAAAUGAAGCUGGAGGUUCUUCGGUUGGAUUCCAAUUAUUUCAAUAACAGCAUCCUAUCAUCUCUAGGAUUGGUUUCGUCACUUCAGAGACUAUACAUAAGACACAACUAUUUGAAUGGAUCUAUUCACCUGCAAGACUUUCCUGCUAUGAGCAACCUGGAAGAGCUGGACUUGAGUGCUAACUACGAUAUUACCAGCCUCACGACCAUAAGAGGUAUGAAGAGCUUAAACAAGCUUCAAGUUCUUCGCAUGGAAGGCAUCAGAUUUAAUGCAAGUGUUUUACAUUCACUAGGUGCAUUGCCAUCUCUUAGGAAGUUAAUCCUUGCAGUAGAAGGAUUGGUCACCAAAAAAGAGUUGAGUGGUCUGAACAACUUGGAGCACUUAUAUUUGGAUUCUUCAUCCAUCAAUGGGAGUUUUCUUCAUAACGCUGGAGUGAUGACUUCUCUAAGGAUUUUAUCAUUGUCUAAAUGUGGACUUCGUGGCAGUCUACCUGCUCAAGGAUUUUGCGAUCUUAAGAACCUUGAAGAGCUAUACCUUGAUGACAAUGAUUUUGAGGGGAUAUUUCCUUCAUGUAUGGGAAACUUGACAUCGCUUCGAGCAUUGGAUCUCUCUUCCAAUAACUUGCAUGGAAGUGUUGCCCACUCUCCCCUUACUAUUCUCACUUCACUUGAAUACCUUUCCCUUUCAGAUAAUCACUUCAUGAUUCCAUUCUCAUUUGCCUCAUUUUCUAACCAUUCAAAGCUUGAGGUCAUUUUAAGUGAUAAUAACGUAGCAACGAUUGAAAAUGAAUCUCAAUCAUGGAUCCCGAGAUUUCAACUGAAGUUUUUUAGUUUGUCAAAUUGUGCCAUUAAAACACUACCUUCUUUCUUGUAUUACCAAAAUCAGAUGAUAGCUGUUGAUCUCUCCCACAACAACUUAUUGGGGAAGUUCCCCACCUGGUUGUUAGAGAAUAAUACGAGAUUGGAAUUACUUCAACUACGAAAUAACUCUUUAAGGGGGCCUUUUCAAAUGCCUUCUUAUCCUUAUCCUCACAUUUCACAAUUAGAUGUUUCUGACAAUUACUUAACUGGUCAAAUUCCUACAAAUUUAGAUAUGAUCUUUCCAAGCUUGGAGUUUGUCGACAUGUCCAAUAAUAUGAUUGAUGGUCGUAUUCCUCUUGGUUUUGGCAAUAUCAGUUCUUUACGGAUGAUAGACCUAUCUAACAAUCGUUUAGAUGGAGGAAUACCAGAACAUCUGCAAAUGGGUCUUUCCUCCUUGGAGUUGCUCAAACUAUCAAAUAAUUACUUGCAUGGUCAAAUAUUUGGCAAUCUUCUCAACCUGGUUCAAUUGGGGGCGUUAUAUUUGGACAACAAUCACUUUCUUGGAAACAUAUCAGACUGCUUAUCAAAUGCCUCUACGUUGACGGCGGUGGAUAUUUCUAAUAACCGUUUGUCUGGCUUCCUUCCCAAGUGGUUCGGGAAUGUAUCGGCUUUAUCGCAAAUAAGUUUGGCCAAAAAUCACUUUGAAGGCCCCAUUCCAUUGGGAUUUUGCAAACUUAAUUAUCUUCCGUUUUUGGAUUUAUCUGAGAAUAACUUGUCAGGCUCUGUGCCAGCUUGCUUCAACCCUUCAUCCAUAAUGCAUAUCCAUCUGAAUAAAAAUAGAUUGAGUGGUCCAUUGACUCUUGCAUUCUAUGACAUCUCCCAAUUGGUGACAUUAGACCUUGGAGACAACAGGUUUACUGGUGAAAUCCCGAAUUGGAUAUGCCAACUUUCUAGAUUGAGGAAUGCCAAAGAAAAUGUGGAGUUCACAACAAAGAAUAGUACUUAUCCAUAUCAGGGCGCUGUCCUAGAUUUGAUUUCAGGAAUUGAUUUCUCUUGCAACCAAUUAACUGGUACUAUACCACCAGAAAUUGGGAACUUAAGUGAGCUCUUCAUGUUAAAUCUGUCCCAUAACAAUCUCCUUGGAUCCAUUCCGGCAUCAUUGUCCAACCUAAGUCAUAUUGAGAGUUUAGAUCUUUCCUAUAACAAAUUGACCGGGAGUAUCCCCUCCGAAUUGAUUAAGUUGAACUUCUUGGAGGUCUUCAGUGUCGCCUACAACAAUUUAUCAGGUAAAACUCCAGAUUUGAAAGCUCAGUUUGCUACCUUCAGCGAGAGUAGUUACGAGGGAAAUCCUUAUAUUUGUGGACCUCCAUCACAUAACAAUUGUACUGAUGUCCGAGCACCAUCGUCAAUUCCAAAAGAUUCAGAGGAUGAGCAAAAUGAUGGUGGUUUCACUGACAUGGAUGUAUUUCAUGUGAGCUUUUUAGUGUCUUAUAUCAUGUUGUUAUUAGGAACUUUAGCAGUUCUUUAUGUGAACCCUCCUUGGCAAAGGGCAUGGCUCCAUUUGGUUGAAGCAUGUAUGACCUCUUGCUACUAUUUUGUUGUUGACAGUUUUCAUAAGUUGUUCAACCGCAACAUUGUGUGA